CAAUUGAAAAAAGAAUAAAUAAGCACAAAAGAAGGAUAGCGUCCCACUAAUGGGUACUCCAUAGUCCAUAUAUAUACUCAAAAAAAGCUUGCAAUUUUUUUGACUUUUUAGCAUUUAAUUCAUCAAACGCAUUUCGAAGCUUUUCACUCUAUCAUUUAUUCCCACUUAUAUUCUCAUAUCCUGCAUUAAUAAUUCUGAUCAAGAUCUGCAAAUUUAAGCCACAGAGUUAUCUUUUUGGGUCACUGCUUCAAUUUUCUUGUUUCUUUCAAAACUGCAAUCUUGUUUUGCUGAAGCAGCAGAGUCAAAUAAUGGAGGUGAUACAGAUGCAGAGAACAUGGGUUGAGUAUACAAAAUCUUUGUUCAGAGAGGGGAUUCUUGAUAAUCAGUUUACGCAGCUUCAGCUACUUCAAGAUGAGAGCAACCCAGAUUUUGUUGUCGAAGUUGCGUCUCUUUUCUUUGAAGAUUCUGAGAGGCUGCUUACUGAUCUCACCAGAGCUCUAGAUGAGCAAGUUGUAGACUUCAAAAGGGUUGAUGCUCAUGUCCAUCAAUUGAAGGGUAGCAGCUCCAGCAUAGGUGCACAGAGAGUUAAAAAUGCUUGUGUUGCUUUCCGCAACUUCUGUGAGGAGCAGAAUGCUGAAGCUUGCCAGAAAUGCCUGCUGCAAGUAAAACAAGAGUAUUAUCUUGUGAAGACAAAGCUUGAAGCUUUAAUAAGGUUGGAGCAACAAAUAGUGGCAGCUGGUGGGUCAAUCCCCAUGGAAGAAUUGAGCUUUUAAGGUUAUCUACUGAAAAUUGUUUGUAGAGUAACUUUUUGGGUUUUGUGUCUCUCAUCAUAAAGUUGUGUUUAAUUAUUGGGGUUGUGGUUGUAUGAGUUUUGUGAAGAUAAAAGAGUCUCAUCUUGUAAUUUUGAUCUUCUAUGAUCAAGAUAUAACUUUUGUUGUUAAUGCUCCUCUUUUCUCA